AUGCAGCACAUGUGGCUGCACUUGGUGUGCGAGUGUUUGCUGUGCCUGUUUGUCAUUGGUGUGAGCGUGAGGAUGUGUAUGGGGAGGGCCCAGGAGGUGCGGACCGGGGUCGGGGGCAGCGUCUCGGUGUGCCUGCGCCUCUGCCUGGGCUGGGUGGGGGCGGUGGGGGCCGCGGUCGGCAUCCCGGUGUCGGUGCUGCUGAACCUGAGGACCCCGCAGUGCCUUUACACGUGCCUCACCCUGGUGUGCUGCCCCCUGCUGGUACGGCAGUUCACCAUGUGCCUGCUGCUGCUGCUGGCCCUCAACUCACACCUCCACUACAGGCUGGGAGAGAGAUACGUAUCCGUGGUAACCCGCCGCAGAGUGCUCUGCCUGGUUCUGCUAAGCUGGGUGUGCUCUGUCCUGACCGCUUACGCCCAGUUCAUCGGCUGGAAUGCCCUGGACACUUGGGGUGACGUCCCGGGGGAGGGCACAGCCGGACUCGGGCUCGGUGGGGUGGUAGGUGCCAACUGGACCACCCCUUUCCCCCCACCCAAAUAUCCAGGCCCUCAGGAUCGCUCAAUAAUAGGGAAGUACCUCCCUUAUGGUGGGUUCCUAUCCAAGUUCUACGUGGAGGACAUGCACAACUUCACCUACGCCGAGAUCCACGGGAGCCACUGGGGGGUGUGCGCCCCUGACACCGUUCUCAGCCCCCAGUUCCUGGUCUACGUCUACGCUGUCACCGUCUUCCUGCUCCCCCUGCUGGUCCUCCUAGGGAUCUACCUGGAUUUGAUGUGUGUGGUGCCAAAGCUGGUUUCUGACCUGACCCAGUCGCCCAAGGGAGAGACCGCUCGGGCCCACUCCCUGGCACUCUCUCUUUCCCUCCUGGUGUUGCUCUGCCUGCCGCUCCACACCUGCCAUGCCGUGCUCCUGUUCUCCCCCAGCACCCUUCAGCCUUCCUGGGCCCCACACCUCGCCGCUCUCCUCUUCCAGCUCUACGGGGUGGUCCCUCCUCUCCUCUACACCCCUGUGGCCGACACCUCCUGUGGACCCCUACCCCGGGCCCUCUCUCCUUCCACAUCGUUUGCUUCCCCCAGGAAGGAUAUUAACGCGACACUCCUCUCAGCUGUGCAGCGCUGGGCCAUCUGCUGUCCCACCAGCCAAGCGCAUAAAGUGAAAGUGUGUCCACAGGUGUGA